GAAAAACAUCAAACGAAUCCCAAAAACGAUGUCGUCCGCUACCAAAAAGAAAGAAAAAAAGAAAAGAAAAAUUGAUGGCCUCGUCUUCGCCGUCCGCGUCGACUAACCAUGGCGGUGCUCCUCAGUCUGUCUGUGUAACUAGAGCUUCGACGACAGGGUCGUGGUCGUCAUUCUGGGCUUGCUUCCACUCCACUUGGAGAAAGCUGACCCAAAUAAUUUGAAGGGGAACUCGUCACGUUGAAGCAAAUUGCAGAGCUAGAGCAGGGAACAAACAACGCCGUUUGGGUGUGUUUGGCUUAUCAGUGUUUUUGUCUCUUUUUUCUUAUUAGUUUUGGAAUUGAUCUAUAAUUCUUGCUUAGGUGUUGCAUCUGUAGAAAGUGUACUCAAUUUGCUCAGCUGGCUGAUAAUUUUAUUCAUUACCCAACUGGUAGGAAGGUAGAUUUAUCUUUGUAAGGACUAAGGAUGAUUUUUUCAGCACAAAGUCGCUCUUGCUCGUCCUUGCGUUGUUUCCAGUUAUUCUCCUCUCAUGGUAGUUUCCAUUCAGUUCAAAUCCGUCGUUCCUGCUCUUCAUUCCCCAACCUUAAUGACCCAAAUGGAGACACAAAGGACGCUAAUGAUGCUGAGUUGAUAUCGAAAAUCCUUGUCCACCACCAUAAUCCCUUCCACGCUAUGGAGUCCUCUCUCCAACUCCACGGUAUUACUCUCUCCUCCCAACUCGUCCACCACACCCUCCUCCGUCUCACCAAUAAUUCCAAGAUUGCCCUUGCCUUCUUCCACUAUGCCAAGUCCCUCCCCAACCCUCCUCUCACCACUGCCUCCUUCAACCUGCUCAUUGACAUCCUUGCCAAGGUCCGUCAGUAUGACGUCGCUUGGCAGCUCAUUGUUGAAAUGGACAACUUCAACCUCACUCCCACUGCCACCACAUUUCUUACCCUAAUUCGCCGAUUGAUCUCCUCUGGCCUCACCCGCCAAGCCAUUCGGGCCUUUGACGACAUUGAAACCUUCGUCCAAACCAAGCCCAGUAGCCAAGAUUUUUGCUUUUUGCUUGAUACCCUUUGCAAAUACGGUCAUGUUAAGGUUGCAACAGAAGUUUUUAACAAAAAGAAGCAUGAGUUUGUCCCUGAUGUCAAAAUGUACACUGUUUUGAUCUAUGGGUGGUGUAAGAUUGGUCGUUUCGAUAUGGCAGAGAGAUUCUUGAGGGAUAUGAUUGAGCAUAGUAUUGAGCCCAAUGUCGUUACAUAUAAUGUCUUCCUGAAUGGUAUUUGUAGGCGUGCGAGUUUGCACCCUCAGGAAAGGUUUGAGAAGACGAUAAGGAAUGCAGAGAAGGUGUUUGAGGAAAUGUGGAAGAGAGGGAUUGAGCCCGAUGUCACUAGUUUUUCGAUUGUGCUUCAUGUUUAUAGCCGGGCACAUAAGCCCGAGUUGUCGCUUGAUAAGCUGAAGCUGAUGAGGGAGAGAGGGAUAUUCCCCACAGUGGAAACUUACACUUCAGUUGUAAAGUGUCUUUGCUCGUGCGGGAGACUUGAGGAUGCAGAGGAGUUGCUUGGUGAGAUGGUGAGAAGUGGGGUUAGUCCAUGUGCAGCUACGUAUAAUUGUUUCUUCAAAGAGUACAGGGGGAGAAAGAACGGGGAAGGUGCUUUGAAGUUGUACAGGAAGAUGAAGGAGGAUGGUUUCUGCGUGCCCAGUAUGCACACUUAUAACAUAUUGGUGGGAAUGCUUUUGGAAUUGAAUCGAAUGGAGAUUGUGAAAGAAAUAUGGAAUGAUAUGAAAGAGAGUGGGGUGGGACCAGAUUUGGAUUCGUAUACUAUGUUGAUUCAUGGGUUAUGUGCAAAACAGAAGUGGAGGGAGGCUUGUCAGUUCUUUGUGGAGAUGAUAGAGAAGGGUCUUCUUCCUCAGAAGAUUACUUUUGAGACACUCUACAAAGGGUUGAUACAAUCUGAUAUGUUGAGAACUUGGCGAAGAUUGAAGAAGAAACUCGAUGAAGAGUCUAUUUCGUUUGGAUCAGAGUUCCAAAAGUAUCACCUUAAGCCAUUUAGGAGAUGAUAUUCCAUCUGCAGGCAACUGUAGGAUGCAUGCAGUGAGCAUCUGCAUUUUGUUUUCAAGAGAUAUUGCUGUGCCUUUGGCAGAGUCACAUUCAACCUCAAUCAUUUCGUGUCUUUCAUUCCAAGCAUUGAUUAAUUCUCUAUAAUGAUGCAGUAAAUGAGAUGCUUGCAGUUUCUUGUAUUUCUACUUGGCCUUACAGAUUAACUUUCUGGGAUCUGCGCAACCCUCUGAACCGAUCCUGGCAGAGUUUCUUGGCUUGACUACCUCUCAAGAUGUGUGGCGGGCUCUCAAGAAAAAAAAUUUCAUCCGCAGAUUAUGACUCGGGCACUCCAUCUCAAACUUCAACUUCAAACCAUCGACAUGGGCAACUCUAGCAUCUGUGAUUACCUUGACAAGAUCAAAACACUUGCAGAUCCCCUCGCAGCCAUUCAGAAUCGUGUCUCGGAUUCUGAGCUUGUUCGCUUCACUCUCGCCGGUUUGGGUGAUGGUUAUGAAUCUUUUACGAGGUUCAUCCCUACACGAUCAGUCCUUCCAACGUUUGAUCAACUUCACGCACUCUUACUGAACCAAGAAUAUCGACUUCAUCAGCUUCACUCUCAGGCUCAAACUGCGCCUCGAGGAAAUUGUGGUCUUGGAAUUUUUCGUGGUUGUGGACCUUGUGGUUGUUCCUGUCUAUUUUGCAUGCUGAAGAAGGAUAGAUAACAAUGUACUCAUACAAACAAAGCUUCUUAUUUGAAUAAAAUGAUGAGUUCUUUUGUACUUAA